UCCGAGCUGUCAGCACAGAGCCCGACACGGGGCUGGAACUCACGAACCGCGAGAUCAUGACCUGAGCCGAAGUCAGAUGCUCAACGGACUGGGCCACCCAGGUGCCCCCGCCACAGGCCUUUCUAGAUGCCCCCCAGCACUCAGGGCACCACACUCACAAUCACAGACGAUUUUGACGGGGGCCUCCGGUCUGCAUGACGUCCACGGGGCCUCUGCUGACCUCCAAACGGCAUUGGGGAAAGCCAGACACACAGCUGCUCCUGCCCCCCGCUGCGCGGUCUCCCUGGGUCACUGGAGGAAGGCCCUUCUGGGUCACCUCGGCCUGGCUUGGCUCCCAACCCCGUGAAUCCAUAAAUGUCCUCCAAGUCUCCCCCAGGCUUUCUCGGAGAAUAAACCCUUUGCCAUCUGGUGGCGGCCUGUCAAGGCCUCUAGGGCUGGGUGACCUCGAGCUGUCACUGCCUCCCAGCGGCUCAGAUGUCUGCAGGACGCUGCUGGUUUGUGCAGGGGCUGGGGAUGGGCUGACGUCCUGCCCCCCUGUGAACCUCUCCCAACACCGGCCUCUCCCAGGCCUGAGCAGAGCCCCACCCUCGAGGCCGGGGCCUGACCCCUCCCUGUCUCCUCAGGGUCCCCGGACCUCGGAACACAGGUUGCAAAUUGUUGCAAAGGGUACAGGAAACAGAAUCCCCUGGAAGCCCGACACCCCGAGAUGACUUUUGACUGUAAAUUUGAGUCAUCGAAUUUUUUUAUUCCCUGUGGGCUCCGAAGCAUUUCCCCACGUCGUUGAACAGUCUUUAGAAACCCGACUUUUGACCACUGCCCCUCCUUCCUCUACUUUGGAACAUAGCUUUUUAAAUCCACGAAGCACCCUCGAGUCCCCAGAGCUCACGGAGCUGCAUGACUGAGGGGGCCCUGAACCUGCUCUCCAGGGAGAUGACGCUGUCCAUGGUGGCCACACCCAGUGAGGGUUUCUCCUGUCCCCACUGGAGGUCCAACUGCCUGUCGCCCACAGGGGAGCAGAAGCUGGAUAUUGAGCACCUAGGCAGGGCGAGCACGAGCAAGCCCCCCAAUGACGGACCCCUCUGGGAGGAAGCGCUCGUCGGCAAAAUCAGGACCAUGUCGGCCUUGCAGAAGAGCCAGGCGUUGGAGGCCGUCCAGUGCCACAUCCGGGAGCACACCCAGCUCAUCAGGAAAGAGGUGCCCAACGCUGGCCUCCAGGAGCUCCUGGCGGCCUUGAACCUAGAACUCAAGCAGCCUUUGGAGAAGACCUUCCUCUUCCACUUUUACGGGCUGAUCCUCCGAGAGUGCGCCUGUGUGGACCUGGUGAGGAGGCACCUGGCCAGCCUCCUGGAGCUGUCCCACCAGUCAUCCGGCCAGCGGGAGGGCAUUGCCGUGGCCAUCGGCAUUGUGUCCUCCAGGCACAUGCAGGAGGUGUGGGCCACGCUGGAGCACGUGGGCCGCACCAGGUUCCUGAGGACUGUCUUCACGUCCCCAGACAGCCAGCAGCCGGAGCCGGACACGCACUGGAGAUGGGCUGGCAGCACCGCCCUGCUCUGCUACGGGCAGAUGGCCGCGCACGCCGGGGCGCAGAUCCUGCCCUGGGUGGACAACAUCGUGUCCAGGAUGGUGUACUACUUCUCCUGCAGCCGCUAUGACAACAUCCUCAAGACCAGCUUCCUUUCGGCCACCAUCAUGCUUUUGAAGGCUCUCAGGCAGAACAGCACCCCGAGCUACAAAUUCUCUCAGAUCCCAGAGCUCAUCCAGUGCCUCCUGUGCAUCCUUCAGAAGGAGCCCAACUUCCUGACCACCCUCUUCCGGGAGAAGAUCAUAUUGGUCAUUGUGGGACUGAGCAACCUGCGGCCCGGUCUCAAACCCAUGGUCAAGUCCCAGAUCCUGCAGACCUGCCUGCAGAGCCUGUACACGCUCCCACCCACGGAGACGCUCAGGAGCAGUUUACCUCCAUUGGACGUGGCCCCGGACGUCACGGAGCUGUACCGGAAGUCAAUGCAGGCACUGGACCUGCUGCUGCAGAGCCUCAUCUCCGAGAACAAGAGUGUGGACGAGCUAUGCUUCAUCCUGCAGCACGUGGAGCCGUGGCUGAAGUCAGACAGCAGCCACGAGCGCCAGCGGGCGGUGCAGACCAUCUUCCUGUUCCUCAAGUACGUGGUGGACUACGUGGGGCUCACUGUGAGUCGCCUCGCCCGGCACUCUCGGGAGGGCAGCCAGGAAGGAGGAGGCCACCCCCUCCAUGCUGGGCCACCAGAUAGGCCUGCUUAUGCUGCUGUGGAGGGACAAGGAGCCCGUCACCCAGAGCCACGCCCACCAGUGCGUCUACCUCCUCCUGCAGCUGCUGACCCAGCAGAAGGCACGUCGGAGUUCACGUAUUUGAAUAAAAUGAAGAACUUUGAAGCAAAUACCAGGAGGGAAUCAGAAAUGAAGUUCUACGACCUGGUGAAGGUGCUGGAUGGGAACCUGACCGUGGCCCAGCACACACAGCUCGUCCUCACUCUCCUGCGAGGGCUCUGCAGCCACAACCACCUGCGCUGUGACCUGGCCUCACAGUUGCUCCUGAUGAUCGUUGAGGACCACAGCAUCAAGGCAGAGCAGGUGGCUGAGAUCCUGCAGGGCUUGUUCCAGGAGCUGCCCUCUAUCAUCUUCAAGAACACCCUGCAGACCGUGAUGCAGGCCGUGUCAGUGUUGGGGACUCAGCACACCCAGGAGACAGUCGAGGUGAUACUGUCCCUGUGUCACCCCUCUGAGAGUCUGAGGGCCACUGGAGCACCAGGGUGUCUCCACAGCGUCUCAGGGAGCACCGGCUUGUCACAGGCCCACAGCACCUUGGACAGGGAACAGAGCUCUGGGGGAUGCAGACAGGUCAUACCACUGUGGAAGGCCCUAGCCAGCAACACCCAGCUGGCCCGCAAGGUCCUCACCCUGCUCUACAUGAAGCUGAGGCUGCGACCCCCCAAAGAGCUCGUCAGGUUCACCCAGCAGGCGGAGCUCAUCUCCCUGCUGGCCCUGGGUACCAUUUACGAGCUCCUGUACACCCGGGAGUACAAGGCCACGGUGCGCUGGGCCUUCGCAGGGGUCCUCGUGGGCCUGCUCACGCAGCUCCGUUACCUGUUUGAGCUGGAUGUGGUGGACGGCAUCUCAGACUACCAGGAGGAUGUCCUAGACGGGAAGCCCCUCAGCCCCUGCAGGACAUGCCUGGAGGCCCUGAAGGGUCUCUUCUGGACCACCAACUACUGGGAGGUGUUUGCCUACCUCAAGCUGCUGAGAGGCUGGGAGCUCUUUGAGCACAUGGAAACCUACACCGAGGGGGUGACCCUCUUGGCUAGGGCCAUGGCCCACUAUGACUGUGAGGUCAAGGCCGUCUUGGGACAGGCGGUCAUCUCCCUGAAGAGCUCUGAGGAGCGGGACAACAUCGUGGCCAUCCUCAUCAUCACGGAGUUUCUCAACAGCCACGAGCUCACCCAGUACAUGUCUCGGAGAACCGUGGACAACUUCCUGAGCCUGGGCCUGAACAACCCCAACCAGCUGGUGCGGGCCAUGAGCCUGAAGGGCCUCAGCAGUGCCCUGAUGCAUCCUGAGAAGGUGAUGCUGCUCCGGAACCGGCUGGCCGGGCUGCUGGACGGCUUCGUGGGGCCCGAGCCCAAGGACCUCAUGGGCCUGAUGGAAAUCCUGGGCGACAUCCUGCACCGCCUGGGGGCCCAGGGCGUCGGCGCCACCAGCCUCAGGAUGGCCCAGCACCUGCUACAGCUGUUCGACGAUGAACAGGCCGACGUGCGCGGAGGGGCCAUCCUCCUGUACGGAGACGUGCUGUACAGCGGCGGCAAGAAGUACCAGCAGGCACUCAAGAGUCACGCUUUCCAGGCCCUGGUGCCACUGCUUUUCCACCUGGCCGACUCCUGCCCCAAGGUGGUCAUGAAGACAAAGCUGACCUUCCUGCGCUGUGCCGUCCUGCUGAAAUGGGAGUUCCGGAAGGAGCUGUUUGGGAAGCUGGCAUGGGGUCGUGGCCUCAGCGCCGAGAACGACGUUUUCAUCUACACGGUGGAGAGCAACCUUGGCAACUACCACCGGUUUCUCAUGCAGGCGUUGACUUACCUGAGCAGCCCCGACAGGAACCUGAAGCAGGCGGCCAUGAAGUUCAUCGGGGGGAUGCUGCAGGACUACUUUCCCGACCUCUGCAUCUGUCUGAGGAAGGCCGACGUGAGGACCCUCAGGAAACCUCCCGCGGCAGACUGCCCCCUGCCCUCCCCUGCCCCGGGAGGCUGUGUGUCAGACCCGGGGGGUCUUCGUGCAGACUUGGAGAUCCUGAAGCAGGACCCAGACUCCGUGAGCCGCAGAUUCUACAGCAGCUUCCUGGAGGACAUCUGGGAGCUGUCCCAGUACGUGACCCACUGAACCGUGGCUCGAUGUCGUGCUGGUUCCCGGCGUGUGUUUGACAUUCUCUAUUAAAUGUGACAGAGUUCC